AUGUCAGACUUCCCCAAGCUCAUCCCGGCCUUCACCGUCCGAGUCCACCUCGGCACCCCCUCCCCCAUCGGCACCCUCGCCCACGGCCCCUCGCAGCUCCACGCGCCCUUCCUCCCGGACUCCGGCUCCCUCGUCUCGGAGCCCACGUACCCGCUCCGCGUCGACGCCGUCUUCCUCCACGGGUCCGACUACCUCCGCUUCGACCCGGACGGCCGGCACGCGCGGCUCGAGGUCUCGAGCGCGUUAAAGGAUAAAGGGGGGUCAGGGGCGGUGAUCCGGUUCGAUUACACGGGCGUCAUUGACGUCUCGGGCCCGGCAGGGGCGGUGUUGAAGGGGCUUGAGGGGGCGGCCACGACGGGGUUUGGGGAUGCUUUCACGCAGGUUAAGUUCGAGUCGGGGCACGAGACGCUGAGGGAGUUGCAGAAUAAGAUCUAUGUCGGGUCUGGACGGUUUGUCCUUGAGGAAGGGAAGCCGACUGUGGUGGAGUAUAAGAUCAGUGAAGUCGCGGCAUAA